AUUCAUAGAUUGUUUGGAGUUUUAUCCAGUUAAGUUAUGGGAUGAAAACACGAUUUCAAGAGUAAAUUGAGUUGGCGUGAGCUAGCAAUCUUAAUAGUGGAAUCGAAAGCUAACGCCAAAAAAUGCUGCGUCCACGAACGAUUGGAAAUACAGGAGCACUGAUGUCAUUUCAAAACUUAAACCAAGCCUCCAAAAGUCCACACGGCGAGUUGCUCUCCGCCUUUUCUCCGGGAAAGUCUUCUACUUCUCAGAGAUCGAAGCACAUUUAUACUUUGAAAAGACUUUUGGAACGUGAAAGAAUCUAAAGCGAAGCGUCCGAAGGACUCGAUUACGAUUGGAAGCCCCCUUUCAGCGGGCACAAGUUUGUUUUUUUUGGUUUUCUCUCCCCUGUCCUCCUGUGUGCGUUUUAAAAGCAGCAAAAUGAACCGGAGCUUUACUCGCUCGCAACCCCUGCGGAACGUGGACCUAAACGCCGUGGAAGUGAAAAGCAAGUACGGCGCCGAGUUCCGCCGCUUCUCAGUGGACCGUCUAAAGCCAGGCAAGUUCGAGGAAUUCUACAAGCUUAUUCUGCAUAUCCACCGCAUCGCCAACAUGGAGGUGAUGAUCGGCUAUGCCGACGUCCAUGGAGAUCUGCUGCCCAUCAACAACGACGACAACUUCUGCAAGGCCGUGUCCACCGCACACCCCCUGCUCAGGAUCUUUAUACAAAGACAAGAAGAGAUGGACUACGCUAACUUUGGCAACAACACCAUCACCCGCAAAAAGAAGACAGUGGUGGCCCUGCGCAACAUCGACAUCAACCGUAAGAGGGCGAACAUCCGCAUCGGCAUGCCGCAGGACUUCCGACCCGUGUCCUCUAUUAUCGACGUGGACAUCCUGCCGGAAUCCCACCGUCGCGUUCGGCUGUACCGUCACGGCUCGGAUAAACCUUUGGGAUUUUACAUCCGUGACGGAACCAGCGUCCGCGUCACACCGCAGGGUUUGGAGAAGGUCCCGGGGAUCUUCAUAUCCCGGCUGGUUCCCGGCGGGCUGGCGGAAAGCACGGGUCUGCUGGCGGUUAACGACGAGGUGCUGGAGGUUAAUGGCAUUGAAGUGAGCUGGAAGUCGCUGGACCAGGUCACCGACAUGAUGAUCGCAAACAGCCACAACCUGAUUGUGACCGUCAAGCCCGUCAACCAGCGCAAUAACGUGGUGCGCGCCAGCCGCAUCUCCGGAGGUUCGGGACGGUCGUCGGACAGCGGCGGGUCCGCCGGGUACCCCGCCCCGGGAGGGACGGCGCCCUCCGGAGCACGUGGCUACCCGGACGACCUGGAGAGCGACGAUGAGACCGACGUCGUCAUUGAGAAGAGCUUGAAGCGCCCAUCCCAGAGGUCCGACGCUUCACGCUUACAGCAGCAGCAGGCACAGAGCGCCGCAGCCGCUUCCGGUCCCGCGCCGCCCAGCCCUCCAUCACGCCCCCCUUCGGUCGUCUCCACAGCUUCCUUUCACUCCCAGACCAGCCUCAACGGGGGGUCGCACCACCACCACCAGCAGCAGCAACACAGCAGCCUGAGCUACCAGCUCCUCAGAGACCUGAACCUCCAGCACAGUCAACCCGGUCACCACGGCAGCAACCCGGCCCUCCGUCACAGCAACGGGAGCCUUCACAAAAUCCUCAGCUCCUUGAAAACUGACCCGCGGCACAGCCUGGCCCUGCCCAGGGGUGGGGUGGAAGAGGACGGCACCGUCAUCACGCUAUAAUACCCGCUAAUAUCCCGCUGGCUCAAAAUGAGACUCACCAUGAUCAAGAAAUGACUGUAAUAACAGGACGUUGCACGCCAAGGAUCAAGGAAAUCAUACUGUCUAUCCACCUUGGAUUUUUAAAAAAAUGUUUCUCGUCUCGCGUCAAACAACUUUUGUAUGUAAUAUGCGUCGGAACAAAGGUGUUCUUUUUUUAAAAACGGAGUGGCCACUUUUAUCUUUUCAUUCUUAAUACUGGGACCAAACUUGGGUUUGCUUGUUGACAACUUUUUGAAAGAGUAAAUCUAUAUUUCUCGUAUUCUUGAAUGCAUGGAGUAUGCUUUUUAAUUGUCCUUUUUGAUGAUUGUGAUGAAAUCCUGUAUCUGUUUCAAUAAAUUAUUCAUUUUCAUA